AUGACGACAAUGGGCGCCGCCGCCAGGUUGCUGCUAGCCCUAGCGCGCGCGGCUAUCCCCUGGCAACGUGGUGCUCCUGCCGGGGCUGUUCCAAGGAAGCAGCAACAUGAACCAGACGAAGACGGGCGAGGGGGAAACCAAAGGGGAAGAAAAUCGAUAGGCUGGGGCGGCCAGCCGAGCGGCCACGACGCGGCGGACGCCAAAGAGUUUGUUGAUACAACGUUUCAUGGGAUCGGACGCCGGACGCCAGCCGCUACAUGCACGUUUUGCUUGGCGCUUGCGUUCACCGCUUUCCCUGUCUGGUGGGGGGGUCAGGUCAAUCUUGUCUGUCGAGGGUCGAGGGUCGAGGGUCGAGGGUCGAGGGUCACAGGACCUUGGGACAAUGACGGCAUGGGCGUCGCUAGUGCGCUGCGUGGCGGAUGGGCCGAUUGCCGCCUACAUUGA